AUGAGUUCGCCAUCGGAGGCUUUCUUGUCCGAUGAGGAGUGGGGGGUGGGCGGCGGCCAGGGGAUCGUGCUGCGCCAGCCUGCCUCCGCGCGCGCCGUGGCAGGCCCGCUGGUGGAGGCCGCUGGCAGCGGCGGCGGCCGACGGCACUCGGUAGGCCCUCUGGCCAGCUUGGCGCUGGUGAUGGUCGAGAAGAGGUUCCCCGACGGCGGCGCCGUCACCUUGUCGAGCGCGCUCUCGGUGGGACAACGACUGGGCAUACCGCGAGGACACUUCAGAGAACGCGUGUAUGCUGUUGCUCACGCGACCUUCGUGGCCUCGCGAGAGCACGUGCUGUCCGUCAUCGACCGCAUGCUUGGCGCAUGCAGGGCCUCUCGGGAGCAGCUCGGUAGUGCUGUCACCGCGCCAUUGGUGUUCUUCCGAAAGCGCAAAUACGAUGGCACACGCAUGAAGCUCACGACCACCGUGUCGCAGGUGUACGAUGACGACGUCAUCUGUGAGCACACGGUUGGCGCUCGCGAGGUUUUCGUCGCCAAGGGCCAGUUCGGCAUGAUGAUGCGACGCAGGGCCGAUGGUGGUGCUGCGGACUUCUUGCACGUGCAUGGCACUGUGCCGACGCAUCUUUGUGUGCUCGACGGCUCUUCUGCUGAGGUCGUGCACGCGGCUCUGCGCAGGCAAUUGGAUCUGCCUUGCGACGGCCCCCUCGACCUGAUGGUCCCCAGGCAGGUGGACAUCGCGUGCUGCGACGCUGCCAGUGGCAACCUCCGAAACGAGCGUGCCUUUGCAGAAGCGUUCCCUCGGAGGUCUCAGCUGACCUUGUUGUGUCGGGCACACAAGAAGAAGAAGGUCGCCGAGCAGGGGCUCAUCGCGAUCAGGCCAUUCGACACGAACCUCGUUCGAUGUCAAAUGUCCUUGACGGGUGAUCACCUUCUCGAGCUGAGACACCAGGCCAGGUUGAUCCAUGGAGAGCAGCUCGUGCCCUCGGCCGACGGCCCAGACGGCGGGGACCCAGCAGACCAGGACGACGUGAACGCCUUCAGGGAGCAGCACGACCAGCGAGUUGCUGGCAGCCGCGCCUGGAUGCUCAGCGGCGCCGUCGCUGACGAUAUGUUCAUCGGCUCGGUGCUGGCCGUGCGCACGGACUCCUACGUCACGCGGCAGUUGGCCUCCAGCGGCUCGGCAUUCGAGAAGCUGCAGCAGCACAAGGUGUCCCGCGGAGAGCCGGGGACAUAUCAAGCGUGGCUGGCUCAUGAGGACGAGGACACCCAUGAGUUGUUCAGAACAUGCUACGAGUCAAUCUUCAACGCAGCAUCGUGGUCUCCAUUGCAGGAGCAUACGGAGGCGGUGUCGCUGAAGGUUUACCGUUUGAUGUCAAGGAUGGGCGGGGUCGCAUACCAUCUUGUGCACAGGGCCAAUCGGAAUUGGCCGAUGCCGUUGCUGUAUGCCCUCAAGGAGCCUGCACAUUUGCACGCUCUCGGUGCGACCAAGCCCUGCCUUCUGGACCCGUACUCCCUGGAUUUCGCGAAGUUCUACCAUGGGCGUUUGGGCUCGCAGGAGGCAGCGAAUGAGCUGAAGGGCGUCCUGGUCAUGGCCGACAUGGACACCGCCGACGUGGAACGGCUGCAUUCGGUGAACCAGAGGAGUGCGCGCUUCAGGGUUUGGACACACGUCGAGACCGUCGCAGAGGUGAGUGCCCAUUUCACGGCGCAGUCGGCAAGUGAUUUCGACGUCGAUUCAGCACCUUGCCCGACCGACCUUCGGAGAGGCCCUGCCCCGAGGCGGAAGCGCCAGGCGCAGGACCCGCGACGCGGUCGCAACAGCCUCCAGCAGUGGAUGUGGCGCGCAUUCGUGCACGUGAACGGCAUGUACAUAUCUGAUGGGACUGCUGCAGAGUUGUCGGAGAUGUAUUCUCAGCUGGAGGGGCCUGAGCUUGAUCAGUACAGGCUGCUGGCUGCCAUUGCGAGGGAUCGUCAUCUGUCUGGGGAGCGUGGCUUUGACAGGCGUCGGAAGCCGAGGGUGUCCUCGGCGUCGGACGGCGCGCUAGCUCUCGGCAUGGAGCCGAGCCGCCCUCGGAGCAAGCGUCCAGCAGCAGAGGGUGUCGCGCCGCAGGUAUCUCAGUUCGCCAACGUUCGCUCGUCGAUUCUGGAGGCUGCGGCGGCUGCUCGGGAGGAGGCCUCCCGCCGACGUCGCAGGGAGGGCUCGCAAGAGACCCGCGCGGCGGCCGCGGUGCGCGAUGCUGCCCGCGCGUCCAGGCAGGCCAGCUUGGAGCGGGACGGCAGCCUGCUCGCGCUCGUGGAUCGGGCCGCUGGCCCCGUCGCCGACGUCGAGGUCCAGGUCGAUACGGGCGCGGUUCUCAGGUAUCGCAGGCGCGCGCCGAACGUCGUUGCAGACGCCUGCCAGAGCUUUGGCGGCAGCAGCGGCGAGUCGGUGGAUCAGCGAGCGUCGAGGUGGGAAGCCUUGCGCACGACUUUCACGAAGUCCAACGUGCCAUGCCUGGGCAGAGUGGCCAUCGACCGCAGGGUUUGCCACGAGGCGGAGACCUGCAUCCACGAGGGCGACGGCAUCGGGCUGCGGCUGAUCGAGCGGCACGUCAAGUUCGUGUUCAUUCUCCUUCGCAACUCGUUGCUUGGCAAGAAGGCCGCCAAGGUGGCCAACUACGCUUGUGCGUUUCGGGGCCCUCUCACGGAGGCGUCGCCGUGCCAGCCCUUGGCGUCGUUGAUCGCAUUCGCGGCCUUCGAAGGGGGGGGCUCUCCGAUGAAGGCACUGCUGGCCAGUGGCGACGGCGUGCUCCGCUUCACCAGCACCACGGCCAUUCAAGAGAAGCCUUUCUCGCCCACGGUGGUCGAGCUGGAGAGGGACCAGCCCAGGGACUGCGGCGACAUCUUGGGGGUGUCACCGAUUCGGGUCGAGGAUCCGAAGAUGUUCUGGCGAUCCCUUUGGGAGAUGAUCAAGAGCUUCGAGGCGGAGCAGAUCAGGGCGAUCAGCUUCUGGCGGUUCGUGUCUCGGUCCAGGCAGGUCGCCAGCGUGGAACCAUGGAAGCUGUACAUCAGCCGCCGGACUCCCGAGGUCGACCCGCCUCGGCCCAAGGCUCGCCGACAGCGGCGCGCUGCAGGAGGGGGCCGCGCUGGGCGCCAGGGCCGCGGGCGCGGCGGGCGCGGCAGGGGCGGGGGCAGGGCUGCGGCGCUUGCCGAUGGCGAUGCGAGCAGCCAGUCUGGCUCCAGUUCGAGCUCGUCGAGCUCGCCGAGCUCUUCGAGCUCGUCGAGUUCGGACUCCGACGACCCCGCCGAGGGCAAGGAUGGCGGCGCCGAGGCUUCGUCCGAUCCGGACGAGGACCAUGGCGAGACCACAGAGUCCGCUGAGGGCGACAGCGUUCCCGAGCAUCUCGGCAAGGUGCCCGCUGAGAUUGCGGUUCGCCACCGCAGCGGCAUCAUUCGAUUUUACGGCACGACGAGCACCAUGGUGGCGCAGUGUUUGGUGCCAUCACACCAGGGCGAGGCUUCUGGAUGCUUCCUUACCCGAACAUGCCGAGAGAUGAAGAGCAACAGGGCGAAAGGCAGGUGCCUCGGCCUGAUGUGCGCGUGGCUCGGCGUGACCGAGGAGACGGGGAUCACACGAUGGGACCACGUCCACACGUGGAAACCUGACCACGCCGAGCGCAGGGAUGCGCGGCGGGACGCGCUGGCCAGCGGGGAGCCGUCGUUCAGGGCCCUGGCCGAGAAGGAGAGGGGCGAGAACGACUGCGACGUGGAUGGCGAGCCGAUCCGCGACCCUUCGACGCGCGCUGUCAAAGUCCAGGCGGCUGCUGCCCAAUCGGUGCCAGCCGACACGGCAACUGGCAGUUUUGCGCGCGGGGUCUUCUGCAGGGCGAUGCUGUUCGUUGUUGCCGACGAGCGCGCGGGCGUUGAGCCCGCGCAGAGCGGCGCGUCGCUCGACCAUGUCAGCGCCGCAACGUGCGGUCAGCUUUGCCCCACGCAGAAUGUCACGGCCGCGUUGGCCAUGUUGCCCGUGGCAAUUGGCGCCGCGAGCGUUCGCGCUCGUGCGCGCAGGCGGGCGGGGCGCCGUGCGGGCGUCUCGUUGGCCUCUGUGUACACUGCAGACUUGGAUUGGGUGGGAGGGCGCCGCUGCUGCGCGUGCGACUCUGAGAAGCGGAGGUGGGGCAGCGUGGGCGUCGCCGCGCGUGGACCCGUACUUCAGCGGGGCCAGCGCAUGAGGGUGUCGGCCUGGGUUGGGUUGGACCCAGAAGCCAACGCCCUAGGGUCCAGGCAGAGUGGCCACGCCAAGUACAAGGCAGGCGCAUCGGCCUGCGCCUUGAACGCGGCCAUGCAGUGCCAAAGGACCCUGCCGCGUGGCAAAGGCACCCGUGCAUUGUCACAGCUGUGCGUGUGCGUUUACCGCACGGGCGCAGUGUUGCGACCGUGGUGCCCCGUGUUCGGGUGUUUUCGCUCGGCCACGUGCGUUUGCGGCAUGGCCAUUGAUUGCUCUGUUGUCGGGACUUUGAACCUCGUGAUAACUGACGCCAACAAACCGACGGGCUACGAGUGUAGGAUAGAUAACGUUGACAUCAAGUGUUCAGUGGUGAUCAUGGGCCCGCAGUACCGCGACCCGCCCGCACCGACAGACCUCGCGUCAGCAGGCUCAGACCCUCCGCACUUGCCUGAAGAGCUUGCCAAAGAGGAGCGGGGCGCCAAAGAUGUGGAAGCCAUCCAGCCUUCUGUCCCCGCCAAUAUUCAGCCAAUUUAUCAUUACGAGCAUUUGGAGUACGAGUCGGGCUGGAGAGCUGACCAGGCGCACUAUGAUGCAGAGGUGCCCGUGGACGUGGCGACGUCCAAGCGGGGUGGAACCUCCACAGCUCCGCGGCUAGCCUGCGACUGCUGCUGGCUGACCCACGAGCGGCACUUCAGCGGGGAUGCCGCCUGGCCCGACAUCGUCGAACGCUGCCGCGAGGAGCCAGAGUUCAACGGCGACUUCGAGGCUCGGGCCGCAGCAGACAUGGAUUUGGAGAGCCAGAUCGCCGCCGCAUCGGAACGUGGGAGCGUGGAGGUGCACACGUACUACGGCCAGGAGGUCAGCACCAGCAUGGUGCAGCUCACGCCUAAGCAGUGGAGCACGCAGGUGGUCCCGCGCGGGGUGGUUGGCAUGACCCCCGAGAGUUGCGACCAGUACCAAUCUCAGCACCCGUACGUCAGCAUCAAGAACUACACGAGGACGGAGGUGAAGGUGGCAAUAGUCAAGUUGACGCCCCAACAGGCCGUGAAGACGGGUGCGGAGAUGGAGUUUGUGAAGCGGGAGGUGACGAGGUUGCGCCAGAGUCAGGCGGUUGCCGUCAGAGGGUUCAGCAAGGUCCCAACGAUCACAGAGUUGCAGCAGUUGGCUCACGCGAAGGCUUCUACAUCUGGGAUGCUUCCCAAGGCGCCGCCGUCGAAGCCACGCGGUCCUGGACACUCUGCCCCGCUUCCGAUCGAGAACGGCCGCGUGGAGGACGAGUCGGAGACCGCCACCAGCUCUCUAGGCGCUAGCGGCCGCCUGAACGCUGCAGGUGAUGCUGUGCCAACGGGAGCUCCCGUGGCCAAGAGUCCAGGCAGCCUUGCCAGCGGCGUGGGCCAGGGGGGGGGCUCCAGGCCAGCCUCCGCCAAGUCGGCGCCAGUCGCGUCGAGCUCGUCGGUGGUGCCCAGGGGCAGCGUCGCCUCCGCCUUGGACCGCAGUGGACAGCAAGUGCGGCGCUCCGAGUCAGGAGAGUUGCCAGAUCUCCCUCGGGACAGGUCAAGGUCUCCAGUAGGGAGCGUUGCCUGCUCCGUGGUCGAGUCUGGCUCUGGCGGCAGGGGCAACAAGGCGGGGCUCCCUGGUUCUGCUGAGAAGGCGCGCUUCGACGGCUACAAGAACGACUUGGUGAUCCACGAGAUCUUGGAUGGGAGCCUCAAGGGGGACCGAUCCUACGGCCUGAAGAGGUUCAAACCGAAGUCGGCCAGCCUGGCCGUGAUGGCAGCCAAGCUUCAUACGAAGGUGGAGGCGGCGAGCGCCUUGUCCAGCAACCUCGACAGCAUGGAGUGGCCCCAGGUGGUCCAUCACUUGAAGGAGCCCACCACGCAGGAUGUGGAGGCGUCGACUUUAUUUCGCAAGGCUCUCCUGAAGAGGUUCGUGAAGCAGGCCUUGAACGAGGACGAGAUGGUGAUUGAGGCUUUGACGCCAUGGACGCCCUUCCCCGAUGAGUUCGACGUCACCGCGCCCAAAGCUGCGUCCAUGAAGAACCUCAGCACGACUGAGAUGAUCGAGAUGUUGCGUGAAAUCAUAUUGGACGUCGUCGUGCUGCCCCAGUUGCUUGACGCCAAGAGGGUUCCACAUCUGCAGCAUUGUGGCAAGCUGCUCGCGGAGGCGUUCCACAUCACGAGCGACUACCCUGGGGAUCUGAGGGGCUUCAGCGAGCACGUCGUCGCGCUUGGCAUGCUGCUGCACCACUUGCCGAACAAUGAUCCCAUGAGCUUCUCAGAGUGUGGGCCUUUCAUGCCGAAGAUGAUCGCGCUGCUGACUGGCGUGUGCGAACCGUGGUCACACUACAAGGCGAGUUUCAGGCGCGCGGCCUCCACCGACAUCCAGAUUGCGCCCAAGAUGAAGCAGAUCGUCGACGACCUCGAGCAGGUAAGGUGCAACAUGGACGGCAUAGUGUUCAUGCGUACGGUUGUCGGGGGGAUCGAAGCUUGGAGAAAGACAUGCCGCGGAGCAUCGAAGUCGACCCACGUCACAGAGAGCACCUUGUUCAAGAGGAUGGAGUAUGUCGCCAAGGAAAUCCUGAUGCAGAGCGCGGACACAGUUGACAAGAAGGUCGGGACGGCGCUGCUGGAGGUGUUCGCCAACUUCGCACGCGUCAAGGGGUACGAGCAGGACACAGCUGACGAUCCGUUUGAUGGCAUGCACAAUGCCCUGGUCACCCACCUGGACCACUCUGCGAGGAUGUGUGUCGAGAAGGGCUGGAAGGACCACGCCGAGAAGUACCUCAACGCGGAUGCCCACGAGGAAGUGUUCCACCAGAUCAAGCUGUUCUUGGCGGAGCACAGGAACGUUCACGUACCUGUGCCAGAGGACGGUUCUCUCAUCAUACGGGCCGCUUGCCACGUGAUCCAGAACAUCGGCCUCUUGACGGCUGACCUGAAGCUUGAGCAGGUGGGUUCUUGCGAAGCGAUGGUCGCGGACGCGAUCGACAAGCACGUCGUCGCCACUGAGAUGAUGUUCACAGUCGAGCCCUCGGACGCCACCAAGCUGGAGCUGGCAGCGCUCCAGGCAAGGCUGGCGGACGUCUACGCGGUCAUCGGGGUUGCGAAGCACGCCAGGGAGUUCUACGAGACGACCGCCGCCAGCACGGUCGAGCUUCGCAAGUCCUGGGAGAAGCUCGACUCGGCGCUCGGGGCACUACCAGCCAAGGAGUCCGAGCAGUACGACGAGGUCUUGAGGACGAAGUUGCAGGCCAUCAGCUUCGAGGAGUUCACGUCGACGACCUCGAACUGGAAAGAGAUCGGCCUGCAUCUGGCCAACGAGUACUCACAGAGCACGUUCGAGAGCUUGGUCGAGAAAGGCCAGCUGACGGCCCAGGGCCUCAAGAAGAUCGCGGGCGGCAUGCAGAAUGGCUCCAACUACCUGGACGGCUACAGCGGCAGCCUCGAGAGCUUCGACGAGCUGAUGGCUUGGAUGAAAGCCACGUUGUUCAAGCAGCUGGGCCUGGCGACGAGGCUGAAGCAGUCGCACAAAGAGCUCCUCCACCAGCUGGCUGAGCUCGAGGUGGAGGUGGCCAGCCUCAAAGUCUCAUCGGAGAAGUGGGCGCCCAUCCGCGACGAAUGGAAGUCGUUGCUGAAGAUAGCGGAUAUCACGCUCACGGUGGCGUCGUUGGCCCAGCUGCUGAAGGAUAAGACGAAGAACGACGGCGUCACCAAGGACGGCCUACAGCGUGCCAUCGACAGCAUGCAGGGCCGCGCGGUGGCGAUCACCGACAUCCCGCAGGCGCUGUGGGAGGCCGCGCGGCGGUCGUCGGCUGGGGUUCGGAGCCUCCGCUGUGGGACUGUUCCUGCUGGCACCUGCCCGUCGACAGUGGCGCCCGAGCCGCCGGGCCGGCCCUCGCUGGGUGCCCCAGUGCGGCUCGCGCCCGACUGUGCCGCGGCGAUCGAGGUCCUCUGGCCGUGCGUGGGACGCCUCGCGGUCUCGGCCGACCUCGCUCUCGCCGGGCGCCUGGGGUUCGGGGACCUCGAGGAGCUCUUCGUGCUGUACUUGAGCCGCCGUGCUGCGUGGCCCGACUCGACGCAGCUCCGGGUGAUCCGCAGCGGAGUGUACCCUCUGACGACGGGUCAGUCGUCGAGGUCUCUGCCGUACUACGUGGCGGAGGUUGUGCCGCUUGCAAUGUUCCUGACGGACGACGUAUUGCACGGGCUGAUCGUGGAGGCCCGCAUCGAGGUGGCGCCCUUGCAGGAGUCUGAGCCCGAUCGCCACACGCCAGCGGGCCCGUCACACUGCCUGUCGGAGGAUGGCCGCCAGCGCCCGCCCCGUCGCCGCCGUCCCCAGGGCGAGCAGGUGAGGCUCGCCGGCAAGGAAAGCAACCCACCUGUCGCCGACGCGGGUGCGGGAGCCGCCGAGUCACCUGGCGGCGCCGGGUACGCGGGCGGCAGCAUGCUGGCCGCCGACGGCGAGCGGCAUCGCUGGCUGGCCAGCAAACCUGGUCGGAUCGGGGAGUUGGGAAUCCCUGUGCUGCACGCAUACGUCAUGAUCUGGCUGGGUGACCGCAGCGUCGCCGACAUCGACGGCGAGACAAUGCCGAUGCGGAGCGCUCCUGGGACCAACGUGGCCGACUACGCGACCAUGAAGACCUCGGCCUACGAGGUGGCGGUUCACUACGUCGGCGGCGCGCCCAACUACUUCGGGCGGCGUGUUGAGAUCGUGCCGAGCCGCGCGCCUUUCCACGGCGAUGGAUCCGAGCCGACCGCCCCUGCAGACGCCGCCGAGCCGAGCGAUGUUCGCACUUCGUGGGAGGAUACUGACGCCAUGAACGACCCGCUCAAGUCAUGGCGUAAUGAGGUCACGGAGAGCUACCCCACUGUGUGGACCGGCAGCCCCGUGGAGGCGCGGGUCUGCCCGAUGUUUAUCCUCAGGCACUCUGAUCGGCAUGGCGACAUCGUCAGGAGGUGCCUUGACCUCUGGUCUCGCUCGAAGAUUCUUUGGCCGCGCGAGCAGGUCAUAUACGAGAGCUCCGUCCCCUACGAGGUCAUCUACGAGGGUGGCUCCUACGACCAGCUCAACAAGCCAUCGCUGUUCAUCUUCGAGUGCAUAGCGCACCGUUUCCAGAGUAGUGUGGACGUGUACUCGGUCGACUCCUCUUGGCCGCAGUUGGCCAGCGCAGGGCUUCACUCCAGCGUGGGUUUUGCGGUGGUCAUGGUCGCGCCCGAGCUGGAGCACUACGUGGCCAAGACGGCCGUGGACGAGGCCGAGGUCGAGUUCAUGCGGGUGCAGGCCCGCAUCCUUUUGAUCUCUGCCGACGCCGCCGCUGCUGGCGGCCGCGGGGUCUACGACACCGAGACGGCCUACACUACCCUGGCACCCUACCAACGGGGCGCGGUUUCUCUUCCUUGUGACGUCUCGACGGCCCCGGCCGUGGGAACCUUGGUCACGGGGCGCGCCCUCGAGUAUCUGGUAGAGGCAGAGGAGCAGAUGAUCAGGGCCGACGCUGAGGUCCAGCUUGACCGUGUGACGAAUGGCGAAAUCAAGAUCUACACCGACCCGCUGCUCGCCAAUAGUCGCCGACGGUACUCCACCUUCGUGAAGGAUCUGAAGCGGAAGGGCUUGGUGGGCUUCACCCGCGAUCCCAAGGAGUUCGUGGGUGUUUUCUUCGUCUGGAAGAAGGAGCGCGCCUCCAUGAGGAUGGUGCUCGACUGUCGCCGCUCCAAUCAACGUUUCGUGACCCCUCCUGGGGUCGAGCUGCUGUCGACCGAAGGGCUUGGUCGGAUCGAGUGCGACACGGAGCAGACCGGCACAUUGCCCAUCUUCCUGGGCAAAGCUGACGUGAAGGAUUGCUUCCACCGCAUGAUGUUCGGCAACCACCUCUCCAAGUACUUCUGCUGGCUGGACGUGGUCGCUCUAUUUCGCUCAGGGCCCCCCAUCGUGCUGUCUCCGACCUCCUCCUGGCACUACGUAUACGUCGACAACGUUGGGCUCAUGUCGCUCGAUGCCUCCUACGUCAAGGGGGCUCUGGCGGACACCAUCGCGGCCUUCGACGCCGCGGGCCUCGUCAUGCAUGACAUCUCGGUGGACUCCGACACCGCCGAAGCGCUGGGAGUGACGCUCGAUGGCCAGAAACACCAGACCCUCGUCAACCACCGGCGCUACUGGAAGGUGAGACUCGGCCUGCGGUGGGCCCUCUCGUUGCGGCGCCUGGCAGGGCGAGAGCUCGAAGUAUUGCUUGGCCACCGUACGUUCGUUGGUUUGAUGUGCCGGGAGACCCUGUCCGUGCGGCACACCGUCUACACCUUCAUCCGUGAGCGGUACUGGGCCAAGAGCGACAUGUGGGAGUCCGCACGUCAGGAGCUCGAGUGCUUCCUCGGGCUGAUGCCGCUCCUUCGGUCUGAGUGGGAUCGGCCGUGGCUCACGCAAGUACUGUCCGUGGACGCCAGCCCGUACGGCUGGGGGAUAGCCAGCUCCGAGUUCGGAGUGUCGAUGGUGGAAAAACAGGGCAGGUGGCAUCCCUCAGAGCUCAACAGUAGCGACGCUGGGUCCCGUAUCUACGACCCCAACUACGACUCCACGAAGGAUCUCACUCGCCUGGUGGCUGACGGACACGGACCCGGAGACGUCCUGCCUCAGCCUGCGGAUCCACCUCGGUCCGUCGACGUGCCGGCUCAAGUUCCCGAAUCGCUCGAGAACCCAGAUUCUUUUGCCUGCACCGUAUUCCACGACUGCCAGGAUGCGGGCCCGCAGCCUGGCGGCGCCGAGCCAAACCAUCGCUGGCCAGAGGAGUUGGCUCACGACGGUCGGGGCGCGUCCGAUGACGACUUCCUGUCCGCCUUCAGCGACCACGGGGCUAACGACGAGGCCUACUUGGCUGCGACCGGAGACACGCUCGAUGCUGGAUACUGGGAAGGCAAGACGCCCGCUCUCCUGCUGGUUCGGUGGACCAUCGCGGUGGAGUUCGCGAGGCGGGACGAGCUUGCCAUGGGUGUCGCCGUGAUGAACGGAGUCAGCCGCUACCUCAGGCCAGAGCUCCUCAACCGUACCUCGGCCAACCUGGUGGCCCCGGGGUCGCUGGUGUCGCAGUACUGGAGCCUCCUUUUGCAUCCUUCAGAGAGGGCAAAGAGGAGCCAGGUCGGCAAUGCGGACGAUUCGCUGACCAUCGUCUCGGCCCACAUGCUGCCGCGGGGUCACGUCUUCCUCCAGGCCUUGAAGGAGAAGGGCGGCCAGCUGUGGUCCUUCGAUUGUUUCACCUUCUGGGCGAAGUCGAAGACUGUCGCCAAGAUGUUGGGCAUGUUGCACCUUGUACCGUGCCUGAUGAGACAUUCGUGGACGUGGAUAGAUCGCCUCAAGCCAGAUCGCAGCCAGGCCACCGCCCGUCCGCGGCUAGUGAAGGACGGCACCUACAUGGCCGACCUGUUCUCGGGCUCAGGCAAAGUUUCUCGAGCGGCCACUCGGCUGGGGUUCUCAGCUAAGGCCUGGGACAUCAUCCACGGGCCCAACCAUGACCUCACAGACCCAGCGGUGCUCCGCCUACUGUUUUCGGACAUCCGUGACGGCAAGAUCUUCGCCGCCAUGAUCGCUCUCCCCUGCACCUCGCUGACCAUCGCUCGA